CACACCAGUAGUACCCAACACAAGUCCUUACCCAACAACAUAAUUGAGAUGGACAUGGUCACAUCCAUGCCAUUGGAAGCCAACUCGAACGGGCAGAUACUGCAAGCCGAGGCAGAGCUUUUUUGCCACUCCUUUGGCUACCUCAAGUCCAUGGCACUGCAAAGUGUUGUGAAGCUUAGAAUCCCUGAUGUCCUGCAUCGCUACGGUGGUGCGGCCUCAUUGCCUGAGCUUCUCUCUACCGUUCCUAUACAUCCAAACAAACUCCCCUACCUGCCUCGGCUCAUGAAGAUGCUAGCUGCGGCAGGAAUCUUCACGGCUGAGGAUGUCCCUGCCACCGUAGGCGACGGGGAACCAACCACUCUGUACCAUCUCAACGCAGUGUCUCGCCUCCUCGUCGAUGACGCCAGCGUGAACGGCGGCGCGUCUAUGUCGCCAUGCGUGCUCCUGGGCACGGUGCCUUUGUUCCUGGGCGCCUCCUUGAAGCUGCACGAGUGGCUCCAGAGCGAGGAACAGGCUACGACGGAGACACCGUUCAUGCUGGCUCAUGGCGGGACCUUGUAUGGCAUCGGUGGCCGUGACUCCGAAUUCAACACUGUGUUCAAUAAGGCAAUGGGAGCUAGCAGCGAGUUCGUGGCCGCACUUGCUGUCCGUGAAUGCAGAGAUGUGUUCGCAGGGAUAAAAUCGCUCGUUGACGUUGCUGGUGGGAACGGCACCACCGCCAGAACCAUCGCCGAGGCUUUCCCUUAUGUCAAGUGCUCCGUGUUGGAUCUCCCACAGGUGAUACAAGGAAUCUCUUCUCAUGGUACGGUUGAGUUUGUUGCUGGUGACAUGAUGGAGUUCGUGCCACCCGCUGAAGCUGUUCUUCUCAAGUAUGUGCUGCAUAACUGGAGUGAUCAGGACUGCGUGAAGAUAUUGACACGAUGUAGGGAGGCCAUCUCCCACGGAGAGAAAGCUGGUAAAGUGAUAAUCAUCGACACGGUGGUUGGAUCGCCCUCACAGCAAAUACUUGAAAGUCAAGUCACCAUGGACUUGUCCAUGAUGAUGUUAUUCAAUGGUAAAGUACGGGAGGAGCAAAAUUGGCACAAGAUAUUCCUGGAAGCGGGAUUUAGUCACUACAAAAUUCACAACGUCCUAGGAAUGCGGUCCCUCAUUGAAGUCCAGCCAUAGCUUGUCCAAGCAUAUUUGCCCCACAUGUGCUGCUGUUUACAAAGUAUAUUUACUUAUCUUUCAUAUAUUAUUGUUGUGAUGUUCUGUCCACGAUUUGGUGCAAAGGCCGUGACAACAAAUUGUACUUGAAUAAAGAAGCUCGACAUAUAUCAAAAACUUGAAAACUUAACAAUGUUAUGAAUACAUGGUUGUGAUCCGCUA